AUGGGCAACACCUUGGGCGCUGCGACCUACUGUCGAGGCAAAGGGUUGAAACAAGGCCAAAGUCUUGACCCAGACGACCUCAUCGAGAAGAUGGGCGAUUUCAUGGACCAAUUCAAGGAGAUCACGGAUGCGGCGUGCGAGAUGAGUCUACCAGGAGAUAGACGGUCCACAGACCGUCUUGCUGCCUUUAUUGUGCUUCAGAAAGAGGAGAUGGUCCAUCUCGCCGAGCUUCACGAUCGAUUACUGCACGUGAUAGUGCCCGACGACCCGAUACUGGCAGAAAAGGUGGCAGAGGAGAAGAAAAAGAGGGCGGAGAUGAUGCUGUCCGCACGCAAUCUCACCUCCGAUCGGGGCAACGUUCAAUUGCAAGCGGAGCAUGACAAUGAACAGAUGCAAUCCAUGCAUUCCGAAAUAACCAGGAUACAACUUCAGAUCGAAAAGACCGGGCACACGAUGCAAUGCGUUACCCAUCUCCAGGAAGACCUCGCGGCUUCAUCCAGACGAGAGCAGAUACUGCAGGAGUUGGUACGAGAACUUCCGAGAGGCCGCAAUCUUGAAGAGGCAGCAGAGGCCUUUGCGGAAGACCGGAAGUCGGAGCUGGCAAAGGUUUUGCGCUCCAUGGCCAUCACAGUUCCUGGCGAGGAAGCUUCGGAGUCUACCACGUAA